AUGGUGAACGCAGAUUUUGAGUGCUUUUUAGAACCAAUGGACUACACAGAGGGUAACUCAACUAAGUCAUACACGGUUCAAUAUCAAAAGCAUAAACCUAGCGGAUUCUCAUACACGGUAAAAUGUAUGGAUGAGAGCGUUUACGAAACAAAAUUUGUAACAUACACGGCGCAAAAUAAGCAUGAGGAUAUCGGGAGAAUGUUUGUUGACUCACUGGAAGAAAACCUGAAACCAGUGUAUGAAAUUCUUAAAAAAGUAACACCAAUAAACAUGACGGAAGAGGAUGAAAAGAACUACACUGAAUCUGACAACUGUUAUGCAUGUAACAUACAAUUCGGAACCGUCAGGAUAAAUGAGGGGAAUGGUAAGGAAGAAAAAGUAAUUAAGUGUAGGGAUCACUGUCAUAUCACUGGCAAAUACCGAGGAGCCGCAUGCGGUAAAUGCAACCUACGAAUGAGGACACCAAAGUUCGUACCAAUACUUUUUCACAAUUUGGAAAGUUAUGACGCACAUUUGUUUGUAAAAAGCCUGGGACUAAGUGAGGGUGAUAUUAAUUGCAUCCCAAAAACAGACGAAAAAUAUAUAUCAUUUAGUAAGAAAAUUCCCAUGGAAACCAUCAUAUCAGACGAUAAAGAGAAAACGCUAUAUCUGGAAAUGCGGUUCAUUGACUCAUAUAAAUUCACGAUUAAGUCGCUUGAUUCCCUCGUUAACACGCUAGGUAAGGAUGAUUUUAAAACAUUAGGAAGUCAAAUGAAACACUCAGGAAUAGAAUUAUUGAAGAGAAAAGGAGUGUUUCCAUAUGAAUUUAUGACAGACUAUGACAAAUUACAAUAUGAUAGGUUGCCUAGUAAGAAAGAGUUUUAUAUACUAUUUAAAAAACGAGCAGGAGUGUUUUAUUAGGUUUAAAGCCACGAGCGCGCAGCGCGAGUGGCUUUAGACCUAAUAAAACACGACCCGCGAGUUUUUUAAAUGACUUCAAAAACGUAUGCAUAAUAAGUCAAAUCUUUAUAUAAAAAUCUUUAUAUAAAAACCUUUAUAUAAAAAUCUCUAUAUAAAAAUCUUUAUAUAGUUUGCAUAACAAUGGUCUUUUGUUAAAGUGUUCUUUAGCUGGUAUAAAGACGUAUGCACGUGACUAAUUUCUUACUCAAGAUUGGAUAAUUGCUUCAUGAAUUAUUAAUGAGUUUUUGAAAGUAAAUUAAAUAACACAGACAUAAGCGACGAGGACUACGAACACGCACAAAAAGUCUGGAAAACAUUCGGUUGCAAAACAAUGCGCGACUAUCACGAUUUGUAUCUCAAAACAGACGUACUACUGCUCACAGACGUCAUGUGUAAAUUUAAAAAAAUGUGUAUGUGUAUGGAAAAUUAUGGAUUAGAUCCAUUGCAUUAUUACACGGCGCCAGGACUCACAUAGGAUGCGGCGCUAAAAAUCACAAAAAUAGUAUUAGAACUCAUUCACGACCCAAACAUGUAUCUUAUGAUAGAGAAAGGAAUACGAGGUGGAGUCAGCACGAUAAUGAAAAGAUACGCGAAGGCAAAUAACAAAUAUAUGAAAAAUUAUGAUCCAAAAAAGGUAACAUAUACAUACCAUACUUAGACGCUAAUAACUUAUAUGGAUGGGCAAUGAGUCAACCAUUGCCAGUCAGAAACUUCAAAUGGAUGACAGAGGCUGAACUAAGCAACUGGGAAAACAUCUCAUGCAUACUGGAAGUGGAUAUGGAAUAUCCGGAAAAUCUACAUGACAUCCACAACGAAUAUCCGCUCGCGCCGGAAAGCAUGGUAGUAAAUAAAGUUGAAAAAUUAAUUCCAAAUUUAAACGAUAAGAAAAAUUAUGUAAUAUAUCAUAGAAACUUAGAAUUAUACUUGGAAUUAGGAUUAAAAUUAACAAAAAUACAUCGUGGGUAAAGUUUGAAGAAAGUCCAUGGUUAGCAAAAUAUAUACAACUUAACACAAAUCUUAGAACAAAAGGUACAACAGAUUUUGAAAAGAACUUCUUUAAGCUAAUGAACAACUCAGUAUUUGGAAAGACUAUGGAGAACGUUCGGAACAGAGUAAACGUUAAGCUAGUAACCACAGAAACACAACUGAACUCGCUCGCGAAAAAUUCAUGCUUCAAAGGUGUAAACAUCUUCACAGAAAACUUAAUCGCUGUUCACAUGGAAAAAUCACGUGAUUGAUGAUGUCAUAAUUGAAUUUCGGAAAAAUGCGCUUCAACCGGCCUUUCUAUACUACGACCUUCCAUUAGUAUUAAGAAGUUUGGUGAAGUGAUUACGCUGGCUUUUACCGAAACCUUCGCAGAAUCAUUUGUAUUGCGUCCACAAUUCCAAUUACAAUAGCUUCAUGCGAAAGAUGCCACAGCAAAGUUAAAAUUAUCAACAAUUACAUGAUAGCAACCAUGGGUGAAGAUCGACUUAAGAGCUUGGUUCUUGCUAGUAGCGAAAGAGAUGUGGCCAAAGAUAUUAAAUUGCAAUCUCUUGUCGAUACAUUUGCUUUGAAGCCUAGAAAACUUCCACUAUAAUAUAUUCGUGUAAUCUGAAAGUUAGAUGCAAAGUUAUAUGAAAACGGAACACAAAUUAGAUUCCCGCGUUCGUGUAAAUGCUGUAUCGUUUUGAAAGGAAAGUGAUUUUAAAAUGCAUUAAAGCAUUUUUCAAAUUUUCAAAACUGUCUUUAUCUAUUAUUAAUUAUAUUUGACAUGUUAUCAUGGAUGUUAUUAGAUUAUUACGCAUAUGCUUUGUUAAUCUCGUAAAUAUUUCAUCUAUGGCAUCAAAUAAACCAAAUCUGUGGCAUAUAGGCUAUAGAUCACCAAAAGGCCAUGCCAAAUAUGCACUUGGGAGCGUUUCUCUAAUCUAAAAAUUGAAAAAUUUUCCGGGGACUUUUAGAACAGUAGUUUUAUGUAUUUGACACUUUAGACCCCAAUCGUAUGGCGCCAUGCGCUGGCUACGCGCCUGCCCAAUUUAUCCGUGCUUGUCUUUAUAAUUCAAAAGGGUUAAAAAUCUGAUCUGAACGCGAAAUAUAAAGUUCAAUUUGUUAUUUAAAUUUUCUAUACUUUGACCUUGUCCGGUUUAAAAAUACAAUAUUUUGUAUUGCAAAGGUAAUUAGGAAAAUUCCAUGCAAAUGAGUUAUAUAGGGAUUCAAAAAAGGAACGCUUCGCGUAGUAUACCUACAUUCUGAUUAUUCUAUCUCAUAUUUUCUUUUACUCUCUCUCGAUCUUAGACUACUAUGGAUUGAGUGGACAUUUUGAAAUUGAGAAACAGGACAAUGUCUUGACCAAUGUUAGGUGA